AUGCCAAACCCACGCCCCCCUCUAACUCCAGCUUCUUCCGCUGACAUCGCUGCAAAGGAGAAAUUCGCCAAUUCUCCAAACGAGAUGUUCUUUUCCCUGCCUCCAGCUGCUCUCCCUAGAAAUGGUAGCCCCGGCUCCGGCUCCGGCUCCGGCUCCAGUUCCAGAAUUGGCUAUUCCAAAGAAUCCGCUCCUGCUCGCCCAAUGUCUCCCAUCUCGCCAUACAUCCCCGCAGCUGAAGCGUCAAACACCACCCGUGGCCCCAGAAGCUCCCGCCAGAAAGCAAAUAACAAUAACAACAACAGCAGCAACGGUAACAGUAGGAAGCGCUCUGCCGCAGCGAACUUCACCCUCCCGCCUCCGCCAACUCGCACGCGGAAGAUCAUCCAGAUGAAGCCCAAAACCCAAGCUGAGCAGACAGCGCCGCGGGAUGCUGGCGGCGCUGCUGGUUCAGAGGGUAAGGCCAAGGGCGAGACUCCUGGCGCUGGUUCUGGUGCUGGUGCUGGUGCUGCAGGAUCCAAGAAGAAACAGCAGGGCAAUGGCCCGACUACCGCGGCAGGACGGAAAAUUGCACGCAAGACCGCGCAUAGUUUGAUUGAGCGGCGGAGGCGGUCAAAGAUGAAUGAGGAAUUCAUGACGUUGAAGAAUAUGAUUCCUGCGUGUAGGGGGCAGGAGAUGCAUAAGUUGGCUAUUUUGCAGGCUAGCAUUGAUUAUAUGAACUACCUGGAGCAAUGCUUGAAGGAACUUAAGGCUGCAAACUGCUGCAGCAACAACCGCAGUGACAGGACGGGUUCUUCAGGCCCUUCCACCCGGCGCAUCACUUCAGGACACCACUCCGUCAGCACCGGGCGCCAUGAAUUCUCCUCAUCACGCUCUCCCUCCCCAUCUCGAUCACCUUCUCCCGCCUCCUCCAACUUGUUACACAACAACCACCUGAACAACAACAACAGCAGCACAAGAAUCUCAAACAUCUACACGGACCGUAACCAAAACCCUAAGCACGCGUACAAGUAUGACUAUGAACAUCAACAACAGCAACAACCACAACCCACGCAUCCGCAUCCCGCAUACGCCCUCCUCCCUUCCUCGUCCUCCUCGUCCCGCGACGCCGCCUCCGCCGUAUUCGCUGGCCAGGGUCAACCGAUAGGCCCAUACCUGCACGCACAGCGCAGACCCCCGUACGGCCAGAUGGCACCUUCAUCGUCAUCGUCGUCGUCGGCGGCGUCGGCGGCGGCAUCAGCGUCACCGACAGGCACGGCAACGCCAAACGUUAACCCGUCUCCUGUCGUCGUCGCGCAACGACGACAACAACAACAACAACAACAACAACAACGUUGCCCCGUGGGUGGUCCCGGCAUGAACAUGGACAUGGGCGUGGGCGUGGGCGUGGGCGUGGGCGUGGACGUAGGCAUGGAUACGAUGGACCAUGAAGCGACGGCAGCGUUGUUGAUGUUGAAUCUUGAUCGGAGGGGUUCCGGGGUUGCGGCUGGGGCUGCGGCUGGGGCUGGGAUUGGGAUUGGGAUUGGGAUGGAUAGGGGUAGUAGUGGUGAAGGUGAAGGGAGCCAAGCGACGAGGAGGAAACUUGGGAUGAGCGUGCAGGAUUUGUUGAGUCAUUGA